CCGGAGGACAUGCGCUGCUCCACUGCUGGUUCAUCCGUGGCCAAGGACGGUAGUGGUGCUCGGUGAAAAGUGUGCGUGUCCUGUGCAUAGCGGUGCGCCGCUGCCUGUGAAGUGCGGAAAACUCGACAUUCGACACACCGGGAACAUUUUGCGUCGGCCGUCUCCUGUGGUUAUUUUUGAACGACACUGCAUUCUUGUUUUUCAUCGUCUUGUCAUCGACUCUGAUUCUGCAGACGCCUGUGACACCUCCUACUGCGUGCCGCUGACAUCGCUCACUGCUACCAGGAACCUGAGAAGAUACUGAGACGGGCGAACAGCUUAACCUCACACUGAUGUCGCCUUCUACGGCCUGAUAUCCAGUUCUCCUUGCUGUUGGAGAGCGAGGGGCAGCCGCGCCGGCCGGCCGCCUGCCCUAUGAGCCUGGUGGCCGCGACGUGGGCCAGCGGCUGCAGCAGCGCGCUCCUUGGCGUCGGCGUCGGCGUGGGGCUCCUGCAGCACGGGCCCGCCGCACAUGCCAUGCGCGAGAAGGACUCGUCGCCGCGCAAGAUGCUGCUCGCGUCGGGCGGGCACAGCUCGCCCAAGCAGGCGGCCGUCUACCCGCUGUCGGUUCGCGUGCCCGAGGAGGGCCGCCAGGCGGCCGCGGCCGCGGGCCCGCCCGACCACCACGACCUGCCCUUCGACCUGUCGCGCCACAACGCGGGCGCGGGGGCGGCGGCCGCGGGCGCCGGCGCUGCGGGGGCGGGCGCGGGCGGCCAGCAGGUGGCGGGCGCGCCGCACAUGUCGCCCGCGGGCCACCCGCCGCCGCAGCACGACGACCAGCCGCUCGACCUGCGCCUCGACCACAAGAAGGGCGCCAUCGCCGCGGGCCGCCGCCACCAGGUCGAGGACGAGAACCGCAACGUCAUCGUGGGCUCCCCGUCGCCGUCGCCACCCGCCGGACGCGCCUCUUCCGCCUCGUCCGGAGGCAGCGGCGACGAGAACAGAGAACAGAGACAGUCCAGUCCUUCCGCAUCCUCCGUGGCGAACAGCCUCAAAUCCCCAGUGGGCUCUCCCGGCAUAGGCCACUAUCCCGUCUUCCUCUCGCACCAGCCCAUACACCCUCUAAUGCUGGAGGCGAUGUGCCGCGCCAACAAGGAAGGAGCCGGCGCACGGUUACCUCUCGCCUAUCCAGUCAGCCCCCCUGGCUAUCACUCCCCACGAACUCCCUACGCCUUCCUGAGUCCCAAUUCACUGCUCAACGGCCACUCUUCGCCCACCGGUGUCUCGCCAGCGGCCGGAUUCGAAAUGCUGCGCCACCCACUGGCUCAGCAGCAGCAACAGCAACAGCAACAACAACAGCAAACACAACAGCAACAACACGCCCUAACCACCAAGCAGGUAACUGUGCCCGCUUCGCCAGUAGGGAACUUCGCCGAAGCUGCCACUGGCGUCCAGACCAACGGAGGAAGUGGCGUCGCAGCAUCAGCGGGCGGAAAAAUUAAGGACCGCUACGCUUGCAAGUUCUGCGGCAAGGUGUUCCCUCGAUCUGCCAAUCUGACUCGCCACCUACGCACUCAUACGGGGGAGCAGCCGUACAAGUGCAAGUACUGCGAGCGCUCCUUCAGCAUCUCGUCCAACCUGCAGCGGCACGUGCGCAACAUCCACAACAAGGAGAAGCCGUUCAAGUGCCCGCUGUGCGACCGCUGCUUUGGCCAGCAGACCAACCUAGACCGCCAUCUGAAGAAGCACGAGGCGGACGGACCCACGAUCUUGGACGACCCCCGGCGCAGUCCGUCGGCGCUGCUGGCGCACCAUCACCAGCGACAGCAGCUGCAGCUCCAGCAGCAGCAGCAACAGCAGCAGCAGCAGCACGCGCGCGUGCUGGGCCCUCUGGCAGAGGACGCUUGCUUCGAGGAGAUCCGCUCGUUCAUGGGCAAGGUGACGGCGGACGGCCGGCUAGUGGCUCCACCCGCGCUGGCCGCCGCGCAGCUGCGACACGCCGCCGCCGCCGCUGCCGCCGCGGCUGCAGCUGCGGGGGCGUCGGGCGGCGCUCACUUCUCGCCGCUGGCGCCGCUGCACCGCCUGCACGCCGACCAGCUGGGCCGCCGCUGCAUCACGCCGCCGCCCUUCGACGCCUCGGCUGCCGCGCGCUGCGCCAACACCGACGUGGCCAAGCUGGGCCGUUCCUUUUCCAGUAGUGACAAGGACAAUAUGUCUUCCAGAUCGUCGUCGUCCUCGCUGGCUGGGUCAUCACUGUCUCCUCCACGAGUCUCUUCGCCCAAGGACGAUGUCCCUCAGAAGUCCCCCGCGAACGACACGACUACCUCUGCACAGGAGGACCGUCCGUCCUCUAACCCACCGUCCAACAAUGGCAGCAGUCAUGCUGAAAACAUUACAGAACCGUCGCCACCACCAGCUUCGCCAAACAACAAUACGUGAUACACAAUUCUCCACCACACAACCAACCACAGAAUAUCCUAUAUAUCUUUCAGGGUAUACUAUGUCAGGCUCCUGGCUACUGUUGGCAUCGGAACAGGCACCUUAAUGCAGCCUACCACACUAGAACUAUUUCCGUACGUGAAAGUGUAAACCAUCAGAUGUUCCGAGAGACCCAAUAAGAACAACAGGGAAAUGGCAGCAGUUGUACCAGUUUCCGCUAAAACUCAAGGACAAGACAUCAGUAACGCGGUACACUGUAUCACCCACAAAACUGACCGUGUUUCUGAUCGAUUUAUCAGGCUGCAAAUAGGACCAAUAGUUCCAAGAAUCAACUGAAAACAACAUAGAAAGCAUUCAUCUAAAUAGGAAGGUGCUAGGGAACAGGGAAAUGAUACGAAUUUACGAGUUCAGAAAAUUGCUGCAAGUUUAAGAGCUUCAAGGUCCUUUAUUUCUGGAAGUGUUUCGCGUCAAGUGAGCUAGCUUUUGGCGUAGGCACAGCAUUGAUAAUGUUUCUUCGAUACAAAUGGGCAAGUACCGGCCUAUGUCACCAUACUACCGAUGUCACAAGAAGACUUUUUCUCUUUACCUGCAGGGUUAAGAAGAGCUCUUUCUACGUUAACUAAGUAUUGACAGAGAAAAGUUCACCUUCAGUCGGCUGCUGGUCCAAAGCAGAGGUGCUAGAGCAAUUAUCGCAGAAUGAGCACCGUUUAGCCUCGCCGAGAAGAAAUAAUUCGCUGUGAUGUGGCCUUGGGGAUAUUUUGCAGCCGUCGUGUGCGCAGUGCUAGCGGUGGGGCACUUUCCUUUUCUCCGGAGGAAGGAGCCGGUAGCCACUUUCCAGCCGAGUGGCCCUGUGCGGCAACAAGAUGGGGAAAGAGAGCGGCAGCGGCGGCGGCGGCGGCAGCGGGCGUCGCCAGAGGCGCAGGGCGUGGCCGCGCGGCGCGCAUGCUCCGUGCGGACCUUGGCAGCCGCGCCGACACCCGCCAGACCUCCGGCCGCUCUGCGCAUGUGCGAACGCAGCGCCGCAUGGCUUCCACACAUUCCUGCAGACAAGUAGCAAACCAAGAUGUCUCUACAAAUGUUAGUCGCUGUAUAAAGCAGCUUACGGGCCAAGAUUCGCGUCCUCUUGCCUGCUCUGUGAAGACUGUUCGGUAACAACUAUCUACAAACAUUGGCUAACCGAAUAUACCUGAAUGAUGAAUUGUUCUCUGUUUAAGGUUGGAUGAAAGUUAGAAACUGUGUUGUGACUACUAACAAAAGUGGUUGUAACUGUCGAAGGAUGAGUAUGUAAGGCUAAUCUCUGUGAACAAGAAUACUGUAUAUAAGAAAUACCUCUUGAAAACAAGAAGCAUUCUGUUUUAUAUGGCAGGAAGGAAUACUACAUAUUAUGCCAACAGCCACUGCUUUUCCUGAGCUAUGAUUCACGGAAUAAAAAUUACGUAUUAUUAAUUCGGAAUAAGGUAAAAAUUAUGUUUCGAGAUACCAAAUUUUUAAAACGUUCCACUUGCGUGGCAAUUCAAAUAUAAUUGUAGUCAUCCAUGAAAUAUGUAUCUUUCAUGAUGUUAUGACUGGUUCCUGUCAGCGGCGUCUUACGAUAAAUUAGCAUUCCAAAUACUUGAAGAUUCAUUGUACCAAACCUAGACUGCUGCAAAAUAAUACUUCUGCCUCGUCUACCACACGCUCACCAACCCCUGACUGCCAACCACCAUCUGUAUUACACUGAGCUUUGUGUUUUGCACUCUGCUUCCCACACUAGCCAACUUACCGGUGAAAAUAAAUCUCAGGCCAUAAAGUGAGCUGAUACAUGAUCGUAAAUACUCAACGAUCUUGUUUAAUUGUAUCUACGUAUCGGUUAUUUCUCCCACUAUUUAUCUUAUAAUCCCAGCACAACAUUCAUGGUUAUUACUAUGCAGAUGCCAAAAAGCCAGACCUGUCGCUAAAAUGAGCUAUAAGAGCACCCAAUUUUCAACAAAACUUCCGAAUCUAACACUUAAUAAUACCAAACUGUCCAGGUGGUCUACUAAUAUUUGUCUCCGCUUUUACGCUGCAUUUCAAAGCAGAUGUUCAUGUUUGAUUCUAGACUGCUCUAGUUUUCUCCUGUACAGUUAUUUAUGAAGCAGAUCGUUUCCACGAUAACCAAAUAACGUCUGUUUCUUUGGUACAUUUCUCAAGUUCGUUGUGUGUAAACAGAUGGUGUCUGUCAUUAAAAAGAAACCAUCUAUACCCUUGUUUCUAGUGGCUGAUAUCUGAUAUACUUCCGUAUUUUCACACGGAUUGGUGAAACUAUUUCCUGUCCACUUUCCCGACAUAGUCGCCUCUUCAGGUACUGCAGUUCAUUUUCGACGUAGUCAGUGCUUGGAGCUAUGAAGGUGGAAUUCCGAAAUCGUUAGUUGUGUAGCGAGAGUGAACAUGUCGUGGGCAGACUGGGUAAGAAAAUAAAAUCCUCAAUUCAAUUGCACAUGAGAAAACAUAUUUUGUUUCUUUAAUUAAAAUUUAGCGCGAGAAGCGGAGGAAAAACGGAGAUUAUUAUGAAUUUUCUGUUAGGAUCCUACAAGCAGGGGGAAAAAAUUUUGUUAGCCCAAAGGAGACUUUCCAAAUUUUAAGCCGCACUGUGCUAAAACGACAGGACGUUCUCGGCAAAUGUGAAAGUGGGGCGCGAAGCAACUCCCGCCGAGUGCUAGGCUGUGUUAGCAGAGCUUUGUGCCGCUGUCGUCGUGCCUGUCUAAUGAAGCGACCAGCGUGUGCGGCGGAACAAAGCCACAGCCAGCCACUGUGCGUGCCUAAACAAUGGUCACGGCGUCGAGCUCUCGCUUGUUAAGUCGCUACUGGGCGCUGGGUCAACGGCAAAGCAGCGAGCACGUCCGAUGUCGCAACUCUCCGCUCUCCUCUUUACCGGUAAGACCCGACUCACCCACAUCCUCCAGUCGAUAUCCAGCGACUUUAACCACUCCUAAAAGCUGUAGCUACUCCUUUUGUACACCUGAUGAAAUAACGUACAUCAGGCGAUGCGAAUCAAAUUCAGACAGAACAGUUUCCGUAGAAUUUAUUGACAGCUUCGUUCGUCAGACAUACUGAAGGGGAAAAAAAGCUUCCAGUAACUUCAGUAUUGAGAAGAAUGCUGCAAGUUUCAAUGAAAUUGAUGCACUAUCUUUAAGUGGCUACCCUUUCGCAGCUUCACGUGGUUCCACCUCACCCGUCUUUGAUAUCCUUACAUCACAGGAAAUGCCAGUGAAAUUAUCAGCUGAGACAUUACGUAUAUCUCGUAACUUCAUCUGUUUCUUAACCAUUAAUAUUUUUUGCUGUUUAUUUGGCUUUUAGAAGUUCUGCACAUUUCAUCUCACUUGUUAGCUCCUCGCAAAACUAACACAAAUGUUUUUGUAUAAAGUAUUUAAUGUGUAUAACUGACCUGUUCCGUAAAGGCGUUUCCUACGUGUUACAGUUUCACUUUCUUCCUAUCGCUGCUCUUGCUCGGUACGUCGUUUGUGUUGCACUAACAAACAGAUCGUGUUUGGUACUACUACACAUACGGCAUAGUCUGUCUACGAACGUUCUGUUGCCUGAAGUGAAAGAAGAAUACUUAACUUCUGAUCGUUACCAUCCAUUCUUAGCAAUGUUGCCAGACAAGGGCAUAGGUAACAUACACAAACGGAUGUUAUUCGUUCGUUUGUAAGAAUAUUUUCUGUUUCUUGUAAGAUUUUUUUGACUUAUUACGGUAUAAUAACUUCUGGAAGGAAGGUAUUUAUUUUAAGAUAUUAUGCUACUGGAACUUUGUUUUAUAAAAGUGGUAGCAAGAUUUCGAAAAUGUCCUGGUUUUGCAUAAUUUCUAAGCAUUUUUCUUUUCAAUGGUAACACAAUUAUCACUAAAUCAAUGUAUUUCACUUACUACACUCUGGUAUCACUGCUUACUGAGAGAUGACUUGAUUCCAGACGGCUCAGACCACUCUUUCAAUGUAACUGAACUGACCGGGGAAAUCGGAGCACCAGCGUUGCUUACAGAAAAAAAAUCUGAUAAAACAUCACAUCGUGGAAAGAGUAUAACGUCAUUCCUCUUUUCACAACUAGUGUUUACGUACCUGAUUAUUUCUCGCUUCUGAGGUUUAGGGUGCAAGUUAUGUACGUUUUUCCUUACCUACCGCUUCCUGUCGUGUCAAAAAUAUUAUCAGAGGCUACUCACACAGGCGUUCACAUUCUCCACGGAAGUUUGCUCUAACUGUAAACGGUCUACAGAGAAUGAACUGUUUACUAGUAUUCUAGUAACGUUGUAUGCAUCGAGGAAACAUAAAUCUUACGCUCAAGCUGUUGUGGCCUUCUGUCGGAAUGUAACAUCUAUUUGAACUUGCUUACUAUAACCAGGCAUUUGUCUCCUUCUUUGUCACCGCCAACCCUCUCCCACUUCCGAGUGAUGCCAAACUGACGAUUACACGAAGCUUCAGGGUGUGUCUUGUCACACCAGCCCUUCAGCGUUGUGCUGUAAAAUGCUUUUCUUCCAAAUUCAAUUCAGUACGUCAUCACUUGUCUGAUCUACCGAUUUAAUCUGCAGCAUUCACCUGUAGCACAACAUUUCAAAAGUUUCCAUUAUCGCCUUGUCGUCCACAUAUCACCUCCGUAUGAGCCUACAUACUAGACAGAUACCUUCCUACCAUUUAAAUUCAAAUUCGAGACGUACAAGUUUCUUUUUUUUCCAGAUAUGCUUAUCCUGCUGUUGCCAGUCUGCAUAUUACACCAGUUCUUCCUCUUAACUGUCGGUUUGACCUGGCUGACCAUACGCGUUCUCUACUUUACCUAUGAUACUGUUCCUGACUUUCGUGGUCCACUCUCUAUUUCUCUGUCCCAUCGCCUGCUAUCCCUGGCGCUAUCAUCAUUCCGUCUUGUCUGUGACCUUUACUGCCGUUUCUGCCUUCCAAGGAUCUUGAGAAUGCUACUCGUGGUAGUUUCUGCUUCCGUUCUAAUUAGGUGUCGAGCCUACUUCACCCUUCUUUUCUUUACCGUUCGGAUAAUAUCAGCUUGGGAGUGUAGGCCCAUCAAUUCCCAGCUUCUUAAUAUCUUCCAUUCCUGUUGCACCACGACUGCUUUUGUAAAUACUCAUCUUAUAAACUCUUUUCGAGACACUGUCCGUUCCCUCACGCUCACAGCCCCUGACAAUGUUUCCACAGCACGAGACGGAUUGCUAGGUAAACAUUUUUUUUUUUUUUUUCGUCAUAAGACUGCUACGGUGUCCCAGUUGUCAGAUGUCGCCAAGGACGCUGUGUCAGCGUCCAGUACGAAACCGGUGCGGUGCUCUCGUAGGCAGUUCUGCAAUCCAGCUCAGCAUCUUGACCAUCUAGUGGUUUUCGUCACGGUCAGGGGGUCUGAAUAGCCGCACAACUGAAAGUCGCUUCGUUGUGGUUCUCGUGUUCCGACAUGGCGGCGCGUUUCCUUUCCGCAAAAAGCCGGAGACCUUGCGGCCGAGAGGCAGGCAGCUACGGUUUCUCCCGGCGGGUCCGGCAGCUGGCGCAAGCCGACGCUACGUGCCGCCUCCAGCGCUCUCCGAGAUAUUCGGGGCCGCGCCGCGCCGCGCCACGCCACGCUCACAAUAGUGAGCCGGGCGCGAACGUGGCAGCCCGCGCAAAAACCGGCACACAAUGGCACCGCAAUAGUGGCCACCUCUCUCGCAACAGCGCUGCCCGCGCCCGGUCGGUUUUUAGCGUGUCCCGCUUUCCACUUCCACUGCCCAAUAGAAGCCCCCUCCUGACGGUCAACAGUGCCGCAUAUAUAGCAAAUCGGCAGAAGCUUUCCAUUCUCCACGGCCGCCAGACAAUGGCGAAUCACAGGUGAGAGGGCUCCUCCGUGGCCUGCUCUCUCCGAUAAACAAUGAACACGACCGGUGGGGUGCACUCUUCGUGCCAGCCAACAGCUGCGCUCCGUCGAAGAAGAGGUCCUUGCAAAGCAUCCCAUCUCUACAUUUAAGUCCCGACUGACCGAAGGGCUUCCUGCAACACUUAUACCAUCGUUCACUUUUUCAUCCCUUUCAUUAUGGCUUUCAGAGGUAUGAGAAAAUUAGUUAUAGAAGCAUGUGACUUUCAACGUUUCUCACAACUAGUACCUGCAAGUCUAUUCAAGUAAACAUAUCCAAGUUGUUACUCCGGAAGACAAACCAUUUAAUAAAGCUGACGUUAUGUUAGAAACUAUGUUACAGAACUUUUAGUUUAAUGGAAGGCAAGGAUGUAGUACAGAAUCUAUAUGGAAACACUCUGUAAUAACAAAAGUGGGCUGUUGUCAUCGUCUUAAUAAAUUACAAGCUGUAGAACGCAGCAGUUGAGGACUGCAUUCAGCUAUUUAAUUCAGUUCAGUCCCAUCUUUUCAUUCCUUAAGUUGAUACUGCCUGCCCAUCUUGUUUAGGGUCUCGCUGACUUUGUGCAAUUAUGAUCUGCCUUCUGAUUAGCUCUGGUGUGCUAACCACACGCCCCUCCUAUCCGCAUCCUCAGUGAGGAUGACACGGCGGUCGGAUGGUCCCUAUGGGCCACUUGUGGCCUGAAGACGGAGUGCUUUCCUGAUUAUCUCUAGUGGCAUUCUACUUUUUGCAAGACAACGCUCUUGAACAGGAUCGUACUUCUGAAUAUGGACUAGUCACGUUUAAGAAGUUCGUGUACUUCAACUUUCCAAGAGAUCAAGCAGUUCAAAGCAGUGGCACAUUGCUGUAUUUAGAGGCAUGUUUUGAGUAAGAGUGUAUGGUCUAUUACGAGAUCAAAACCACCACACGCCCCUUCCUACUGAAUCUUUAAAACAGCUGCAAUCAACGAUAAGCUCUCAGUUACCCGUCUAACAUCUUAGAACUACUCUCAUAAAUUGUUAUCAGUGUUGAUAACUUGUUGCAUUUUAUCCAUAUUAUUUGCUGCUUUCAACUGAGCGUUCACUUCUUCCCUUUAGAAACCAUUGGUCGACCGCAGUCUUGAGGGUGCGACAUAAUUAAUUCUUAUCGUUUACCUUGAUAUUUUGUUAGCGCCUUCCCGUCAUAUAGGCCAUAUUCUUCAAAUAUCCUUACCACUUGUCUUUCUAGUAUUCCGAAUAUUCAGAAUAUUUCUUUCGUACGGAAGACAGACGCAACCCCUUCUCAGGCAUUGAGCUUCGACGUGUUACUUACGUGGCGUAAUUCUUAAAUAACGGUGACGAUGUCGACUUUGGUGAUUCUACGGUCAUUUAACAACAUAAGAAGGCCCAGCUAAAGAAUAUAGGUUAUUCUUUUAUUACCACACUACGACCGUUUGAUUAAACGUUUUUUUAGUAUUUCCACUGCCGCGAUUUCGUUUCUUGAGCCAUUAUUGAGUGCACCAGGGAAAGACAUGAGUAGAUCUCAGAUAUGUCUGCAUAACAUGCUAUGAUGUUUACUUAUCACGCACGUUAUGCCUGACAUGUACUGAUAUCUCUGUCUGUCGCACUUCAUACGGCCCAAAAGCCUGGAUCGCAGUAGUGGAAAUAAUAUAAAACCAUGCAAUCAAACGGUGGCAGUGUGAAAAUCUUGUUACAAUUGCGGUCCCCAAAAGAUAUAUAAUUUGUCUUCUCGCUGUCUCUUUCUCGUAUGCUCUCAUGAACAUUGUGUUAGGAUUCUUGUAUGUUAGUAUCAGGCAUCUGUUGAAAUCUUCCUACUUAGGUACCCAUGAUGUUUGUUACUGGUUAUGACAGUAUCGGUAGGGAUUCACUCGUGACGUAACAAGGGUUGUAAGUAGACCGGCACGUUGUAGAAAUGAUGACGCUUUAUACGCGGUCUGUGCUGAGAACAGUGGGAAGGCAGACGUAACGGAAGUUGGGUGCUGCGGCGGGAAUCAAUUAGCGGGUGUCGCGUGGGGAGGCGCGGAAUGCCGCCGCGUAGCUCCGUCCUUCGUGAUGGACGGCCGGGAAGUGGCUGCCUCGCCAACGACAAGCCGGCGAGGCCGGUCGCAGCUAAGUGCUGCCAGCGGCGGCAACAGCCUGCGGGCGCGUCCGGACCAACAGGUAGCGGCCGGGGUUGGCGUGCUCACACACUUCUGAGUACCAGGAACCUGCAGUCUACUGCACUGGAGUCUGUUGCUGGAAGGCCUUAAAAAUUCGAGCUCAGUCCGCCCAGUUUCGGGACGUCUCGCUCAUUUACAAUGAAACUUUCCAAGAAGGAGAUGUCUAGCAGCUGUCGUCGUUUCAGCUCAUCCAAGUGACGAUUUAUUCUACGCAGAAAGAAAAUGGAGUCGAACUGUUUAGACCUUGCAUAGCGUGUAGCUCGUAGAAACUUGUGGAAGACGAAUUGCACGGGUGUUGGGAUUUUUAAUGAGACCGGGAACGAAGGAACUGUACGUUAACAAUAGAAAUGGCUGUAACUAACUUGCCAUACCCACAUUUCAAAAGCUGAUCUCAUUUCAUUGUCAUUCUGCCUUGUUUUACUGCCGACAUCUAAAAUUUUCUUAUUGGCCUGCUGUUUUUCCUUAGAAGUUAGUGUACAAAGUCAAUAGAAGUACGCCGCAAUGCACUUUUCACUACGUAGUGCAUUAUAUAACACGCAGACAAGUGAAAGAAAAAGUUUCGUACGGGAAAAGAUGAACCUCACUAGUUCGAACGUUGGACUGCUUUUCGAAGUGGGUCGACUACUUCGCUCUUUUAGCCAUACACAGCUACAAAAGGCUAACUGGACUCAUAUUUUUUGGCUAAGAGCGGAGAGUUCUAGGAAUAAAAAGAUAUGAGUACGGUUUCCAGAUUCUGAAAAAAUUUUCUGGAAGCUUUUCGCUACUGGAAGCCCCCUCCAAAAUUCCAAUUGUGGGAAUCCCCUCGUUCCACUCCCAGCUCUGUAGAAUCUCGUUGAAGAUACUUCGGAUGGAGCAAAGCACAAUGGGGAAAAAGAAAAACAAUUCCAGACCUAUUUAGAAAAUUCGUUAUUCUGCCCCAUUUUUCAGAAGACAAGUAAAAUUAUCAACUGGCCAACGAGAUUUUUAAGCUGAUCGCUCUAUUCGGUUGGAGGCUAUUUUCCUAUAAAUUAGUGUGGCAUUUACGUAGUGCCCGAUUAUAGAGAUUGGACUAACACCUUGAUUUUUAAAAAAAUGUAACAGUUCAAAAUAAAGUAACAUACUCUCAACUUCUGGCAGAGUUUGAUUUCUAAUACCGGUAACAGCCGAGAGGCAACAAGAGAGGAAAAUACGGAAGAAAAAAUAAAAAUCUCUGCUAUAUUUGCCAACAGAAUGAGCAUAAGAAAAGAAUCUUAUGGGAUCGGAAAUAUUCCUUUUGCCGUUUGGAGUGAUGUGGCGUAUGUGAAACUAGUCGCGUUAGUGCAGUCCCUUUAAUAUUCCGUACGACUCUCAUAUUUCCAGUCCGUAAACGAGAACAACCGGAUGCCUCGAUGCAUCGGUGUGCUCUAUACAAGGAGACGGGGUGCCUAGUAUGGCAGGGGCACUCCAGUUGCUUUUAAAAGAGGCGCUCUGCCUGAUCCCAUAAGUUACAAGGUUGAUUCCUAGCCUUGCUCUGCAGUAGUCUGGUCGCCUUCCGCGGUUCAGACCCCAAGACAGCCUGUCUGUGCGCUGCACGUGGCCCGCAAACAGACGAGGGCGAAUCGACAGCAGGUGAUAUAUUGUCCCUGAUUAUUCAACCUGUUCCAGUACAAAUUUACACAAAUAUUACGCGUUUGACGGUUUACGAUAAUAAUAACACAGCGCCCUGCUUCCAUACAUUGAUCUGACGUUCAGUCUAGUGUUAGCGGCUAAAAUUGCAUUGUAAAACGAAUAACGCCUUUUCUACUGAAAUAAGAUGAAGUUACCGACAAUAUUUUUAGUUUUUUUUAGGAUUUCCACAUGCAGUGUACAUCAGCAUUUGUCUUAGUAUCACAAGCUCCAAUGACGUUGUUAUCGGAGUGCUGUUUCGCACCAUCUAUAACAUAACCUUCUACUGUCUUUGCUUUCUGCAUGCAUCUUGAGAGAGCACAAGUUCAGAAAUCCCACAACAUUUUCAACGUGCGCUACGUUGAUAAUUCUGCCAUACAGUGUUCUUUUUUUUUGCGUGAGCAUAUACACGUAUAUCUUUUGCGAAAACUAUAUUUCAUCGUGGAGAUAAUGACUGGUUCUUAAUCAUAUAUUUAAAAUUUUGGUUUUGAUACAAAUAAAGAAAACGUUAACUUGAUGUCCAUCUGGAGUUGAUUGCUAUCGUUUUGAUGAUAACCCGUGCUGGUUGAUACCAGUUAAUGAAAUAAAACGUUAUUUCUGAUUACGUCAAAAAAGUUCAGAAAUGUACAAUAAAACAUAUUUUAAUUACCUAGUAAAACUAAAACGUUAGCUGGAUUCGAAAAUGUUAGGGUUGUGUUCGGGUGAACCCAGAGACUAAUAUCAACCGCAUAGAUGUCAGUGGUCAAUUCGAGAUGAUACAGGUCCUCUUUAGUGAAACGUAAUCAAGACAUUUCUAUUUUAUUCUGGAUUUCUUCACAACAUAACCUCCAACACAAGGCACUCCAAGUCACUAAGCGGCUGCAUUUCCCCUCAAUUGGCCUCCAUUCAGCUCUUCGGGAUAACUAAAUUGUAGUGUUCGAGCCACCACGUUUAUUCACUUCCAUUCGUUUCGCUUGCCAAUCUCAUCUUGUUUGGGAAUUAGUACCUGGCAACAUGAAAAUUUCCGUGGUAGAAGAGAGUACAGCGUCGGAUAUUCUUAAUGCAAGCCUGUUACGCGUAGCAGGACAGUAGGAAGUUGUCUGCCACCACCUCUUCUCUGUUCUUCCGGCAGGGAAAGUACUGCCUUGAUUCUAUCCCCGCAAUUCUUACGUUUCGACCUCGGACGCACGCACGUUUUUCUUCACUUCGUUAACAGGUUCCAGUUUUCUACAUAAGCAAGUAGGAGUGAAUGUUCAAGCUCUUUGUCCCGUAUAGGUGGCGAUUCGCUGAGGUAGUUAAUAUUCAAUCGGAAAAACCACAUCUGUAAAACAACCGCCUUCGGUUACGUUCACUUAUCUUUGUAACACGAAUAACACUUUGAAAUACUAGUACAUCAAGAAUUUCGUUAUGUUUUCUCAUAUUUCUUCCAAAGAGAAUGCUCACUCAUACUUCUUCAAAAGCGAUUACUCAGGGAGAUCACAGAGCUGUGAAAGGGGUCCAAAGUUGAUUUCAUUUCGUAGCACGCUUCCUUUGACCGAGAACUGACACUUUUCCUUUCCUCCUCUGUUUUUUAUGUCCUCCUUGCUUCGUAUCUGUUACUACAUUGAAACUGAUGCUUUCUUUAAUUCACAGAAAUUGUAAACCACAAGUAUUUUCCCUGCCAGUGGUGUAGUAUUUAGGGAAAAAAAGCAGUUAAAGACGCAGGAGGAAGGUAAAUUUUUUACAGUAGUUCGAAUCUCCUGAUAUAUAUGCCGAUUGAAAAGACACUUUGUCACCAUUUCCUUCGAGCAAUUGAUAGUUUGACAGUGAUGAUUAGUUUCCGAGAACUUACAGUCGACAGAAAUGGGAGUUAGCCUUUAGUUUAUGGUAGUCGUACGAGAGGAAAGUGAAAAAUAGUGCUACUGCGCUAGUUGCAGUCCAUCUAGUUGAAAUCCGAAGAAUUGUAUGAUUUAGCGAAGGCGAAGUUCAAGUUCUAUCGUUUGCCUUUGGUUACAUAUUUUACUUGGCAGCUAAUAAAAUGUAUCUACAAUCAGUUCCUUAGUUUUGCCGAACCGACAAUGGGCAUUAAGACCUUCGCCCCACUAUCCACCUUACUCAUUUCAUUUCCAUAAGCCUUCUGCGUUGCUUUGGAGCUUAGUAGGGAUCACAUCGUGAACCUGACCAGAUUUGUACACAGUAUAAUUGUCAUUUAUAAAGCAAAAUUUUCAGAUUUUUCUAUACCACAGAUUGUGGUCAACUGAAGAUUCUACGGCUCCUUCCUUCAGAGUCAACAAUGGUUCAAAAACUGGCUGUUAGCAAAAUAAGGAUAGUAUGCGGGAAAUGAUUGUAAAAAAUUGGCGAUAUUUCGAAGGAUAGCUCGUAUAUGCAUCAUCGCUGUAAAUGGAGCACAAAAAGGUGGUGGUGGUGGCGGUGGUGGUUAGUGUUUAACGUCCCGUCGACAACGAGGUCAUUAGAGACGGAGCGCAAGCUCGGGUUAGGGAAGGAUUGGGAAGGAAAUAGGCCGUGCCCUUUCAAAGGAACCAUCCCCAGCACAAAAGGAUCUGUAUUCCAAGUUACAUGAUACCAGGAGAUAAGCAGCCCCGUAACUCAAUAUUCCUCAGGUUGUUCUGAGUUAAUGAUCAGAUCACAGUUUCAAAGAUUGGUGAAUCUCCUUGUUGUUGCUUUCCUUCUUUGCUCUGCAUUAAAUACCCGACAUUACGGUAUGUUGAGUCUUCGCAACUGUGGAAAAAGGUAACACCUUAGUAGUCGCAGUAGCCCGUCUGGUUUCCCGCUCCGGCAUACCGCAGAGGGCGAAUAAAGAGCGCGGAGGACGGGGUUCGCGACCCGGUGCGGAGCGCUUUACGCACGCCGGCCACGCCCAACUGCCCCUGCGGCUGCUCGAGCCGGUUGCGUGAGCACCGCUCUCCCAGUUUCACUUUCGAAAGGGAUCCACGACCGUCGCAGCUUCUUCUGCGUUAUUUUUCCUUUGUCGAUUUCAGUUCGCACAGCUGCUGGAAAUUGCCGAAAAGAGAUCAUUAGUGAAAUUAAAAGGGGCGGAAAGGACGAGAAGCGAAAAUCGUUAGCGGUGUAAGCCGACGUUUCCCCUAAUUAGUUGCCUGACAGAUGUCGCUCUGCGACGUGCGAUCGGCAGAGCGCGGCAUCGUCGGCGAAAGAAAUAAAUAAAUGAUUGCGGGCGAGCUGCAGGGGCAGAGGGAGGGGACGCGAACAAAAAAGUAUGAGGGCCACUCGCGUUCGCUGGACCGGGAGAAAGUGGCUGGCCGCAGCCGGCCAGAUCGCUUGCCCGUAGAUGGCAUGCGGACAAACCGCUUCGCGGGGAAAAAUGGAGCGGGAAUGUUGGCCGGACUGACCGGCGGCCCCUCCUCGCCCGUCAGCGGCGGCGGCGGAGUGCGGAAUCUCGUCUCGGGAAGCUGCCGCGAGGAUGCGCUGGGCAUGGCCUGGCCAGCACGGAUGACUGCCAUCAACGCGUUUCUUUGUGGCGGAGCCAGUCUACCGCAGGGGUGACGGUGAAGCGCCGGCGCGUGGUGUGAAGUGGUGCAUAGCUUUCGAGCGGUAAUAUUGUCACUAAUAAGUAGCAGGCGGUUACAUGGGAUACCUGUUGUGCCGCACUGCAAAACUGCAAAAGUCAAUCUAGAGACAAAAUAUGAUUCAUCUGCUCUAUUCAAGCAUCGGGUAUAAGGUGGAGCAUAACAACCAACCGAUUACAUUUUGGGAUACCCUUGUGUUCCGCGCUGUAAAACUCUACAAUACAAUCAACAGUAAAAGUACACUUCGUCUACUCUACGCAUACGUCGGUUAUAAAGUCGAACACAGCGAUCGAUAAGUCACAUUAUCAAAAAUAAACAGCUGGCCUCUGCUUUUUGGAUAUCUAGUGCGCCGCAUUGUAAAAGUAUAAAAUUCAGUCAACGGAGUCAAUCAGAUGCACCUACCCUGUGGCGCAAACAGGAGGCACAUCGAGCUAACGUUAGAAACUGUUUUGAAGUUUUCAAUAAAAACUUUUCUGUAACAACGUAGAUUCUUCUGUCAUCAGUGACUUCAGAAGCCAUUCGGAAUUUUCGUGAUCCUCCGCCUCAUGUAUUACUCGUAUGUCCAGUUCUUCUGUGUAAUAUAAUGUAUACGUUUGUUGUAGCCAUUGAUGAAUGCGUAUGUGUUAAAAAAUAAUUAUUUCUGUAAUAUUAGUAGGUUAUUUGCCGUAUUCGGCUGCUCAAAAACAGUAUUUGCCAAUCAGCUGAAAUUUAUCAAGCCAAAUAGUCAUUCGUAUGGUUCAAUUUCCCUUUACCCUCCCUCUCUGCUUUCACAACUUCUGACAUAAUUCUUCCCUUGUUCUUCCAAUUACACUUGCUAAUUUACUUCUCGGAUUGUUGCACACAUUCUGUCAAUACUGGUUUCUGCUAAGACACCUGUUAUAAACUAUCAUCUCGAAUGCAGUCUUUCGAUAGAAAAAGAACGUUAUUUAGCAACUGUCUCGUAUGCAUUCUUCACAAUACUUCGAAGGCUUUUAUUGAUAAUUAAUUAGGUUGACAGUAAAUGUCAAUUCCUACAGUGACUAAAAACAUAACCACAGCGUUGUGCAAUUCAUAGACGUCUCCUCUACGCAGUUUUAAAUUUACACGUGUUAACUCAUGUUUGUUAUACAAAAGUUAUUUGAGUAUGUGAUCUCUCAGGUUUUCAGGCGCUAUUGAUUAAGAAUGAGCUUCUGGCUGUUCUUUCGAGUUGUUUCCACUUCAUGCAUAUUAUUUGGAUGACCCAGCCGUCUUCUUGACUUUUGGGAGCUUUGCUGUUAUGCGUCCUAGCUUCUUGGACUCGAACCAGGCAGCAAUUACUCAUAACAAUAUAACUCGACAUACCUGAGGAAGACGACUCCAGGUAAUGUGCAUGAAGUGGAAACAACAACUCGGAAGAAUACCUGGAAGCUCUCUAUUAUUUCUGUAUAAAUUCUAAAUUUUUGGGUUGUUGCUCGCCGCCGUCUAUAAACUGCGAAGCUGGUUGUCACAGAAUACCGAGAUAAAGAAAUGCUAUCACUCCAUUUCUGUGAAUAGCUGUACAGUAAUGAGCGUCCAGACAACCAACUGUUCACAUGAAAGCAGUUUCACUUGGUUUUUACUACAAACUGACGUAAUUAGAGAACUCUCUUCUUGACUAUCCAGGUACUGCGACUCUUCCUCUAAUUCUGAGUAUCACCUUCGUAAUGUAGUGUCAUGAAAAGAGUGUGGAAAUGCCCGGAAGCCUCUGCUUAACUUUUCAAAUCUCACAUACAUUAAUAAUUCAGCCACAUAAUUUUUAUUUUUAUUUUCAAUGAGCAUUUGUAACAUUACCGGGUGUUUAAACACAUCUGCUUUGUUGGGAUAGUUAUACCGUGUCGUUGUUCUUGUUGCUGUCGUCAGCCUUAAGUAUGCUAUCGGUGGGUGAAGGCCUCUCCCAACUUUUUCCAUUACUCUCUGCCACGUGCUACUGUUGGCCAUUAAGAUUCUCCUUAUGGUCAGAGCUCAUUUUGCGUUCAUCUUCUUCUUCUUUUUCUUCUUUGUUUUUCGCUUCACCUCUCUCCUCGUAGCAGCAGCAAUCUGUUCACAGCCACAUAAAACGCGAAGUGCAAAUAAAACGCCGCACGUGGCAUGUUAUUUGCUUUAUUACUAGUUCCUCUCUGCAAAGGAGAGCAUCUUCAUUGCCUUGAUGGCAACAAGUUAAAGGUUCAAAGCACCGCUCAGCACAAGCCGGGGGUUGAGCUCUGGACUUUCAACAUGUUACCACAGGGGUAAGAAACAUCCGAAUAUACCCUCGUUGGUCGAGUGAAACUGCUAAUAAAGCAAGUAACAAGCCAUGUGUGGCAGUUUAUGCGUACAUUAAAACCUAACGGUGACUGCGCCGCUUGCAGGGGAUGCCAGCGGUCGCUAAAGAAGGUAGUAAAAUGUGGUGCGAAGGUACCGAACGCAAAACCGGGUGUUCCGGAAUCAACGAAAAACUGAUACGAAAACAAGUGACGAUCAAUAAACCUUGCAGUGUGCGAGUCAGCCGAAAAGCACAGUCAACGGAUUUGGGUCACCACUGUUACGGAGGCAGCAAUCCCGUCGCAUCUGUCUCGUCUUGGCGUCUCCUCUGGAGAGCGGCUGGAACCGAGCUCGGACGUGUGCCGCUGCGGGCAGAAGACGUUCUCCAGGCGACCUUUCCGCUCACGCCCGUAAUUAGUGCUAACCGUAGCCUGCCGGCCGCUGUUUCGACACUUUGCUCUGCUCGGACCUUUCCUAAGGCCAGGUAGCGCGUUUCGUAUCCCUGAGACUGCCUUACCGUUCCAUCAUUCUUUUUGUCCUGUUUAAUUUCCCGUAAUGACCAGUCUCUCGUCUACUGUCACACGCAACGAUUUCUUUCAGCCCGCGUAACCUAAUACUGCUUGCCCUUCGGACGUUAGAGGUAAUCGUGACAUCUUCGUGCGAAGUGUAGUUACAUUUGCUAGCAAAGUAGCCACUCCAGCAAUUCUCCAUCGCCGAUCUAUCUCCUCAUAAGGCUUCAAGCCUGAAGACGGUGCUAGACACCAGAAAUCAUCAGAUACACUCGGUGUAAUUGACGAGUUCAAAUUGUGGUGCAGAUCGCUUGGUAGAAAUGGAAACUGCAUCACCUCAAAUAUACUGCAUCGAUUCUUUAGGCUUUGAUAAGGAUGUGGCGUCACUCUACGACUACAUCAGGAUAACUUUUAUACAUAGCAUAUUGUUUCAAUUCGAUAAGGCAUUAAUUUGUCGACUAUUCAGGAGACAGUUUUUCUCAUUUUAUUUACCAUUAUGGCUUACAGAUUUCACAACAUUCCUUCUUUUCAAGAACGGCUUUUCUUUCUGCGCUCUGGAUAAAGAGCUUGAUCACAUCGACAAACUUUAACUGCUAAAAUUGUGCGCCAUACCUUUCUGAGAAGUACAGCCGUUCUUUAAAAACCCAUUCAAAAAUCUUCACAAGCUCUAAAGAUCUCCAUCAUCUUACAGGUACUUAGAGAUAGGUGGCACAAGCCUACUGCGUCUUCAUCAAGGAUCUUCAAAAUUGCACGUCUUGCUGUAACAUAAAUAUGCACCUACGUGCUCUACGUCCGUGUACAACUCUAGUUCUUCACCUGGAGUACUAUUAAUAUUUCAGUAUUGUCUUUUUACCAUUUCUUUAAUGGCCUAUUGAAGAGUCCUUGAAUUUUAGUGAAAAAAUUAAUGAAACGGUCUGUACCAGAUCGUUCAGUAGACUACUCAUUACCGGAACUAGUUAGUACGGAAUCUCUUUUAGAUCACCAAAAUUUAAGUUUUGCUUUAAAUGGAAGUUGUAGAGAUGUAGUAGUUAUUCCAUUGGCUUCUAGCCUCGUAAAGUGUGUACACUUCAGCACAGAAAUGCUUCAGAUCCGAAGAAAGGAAACUCUCAUCCCUGGCAAAGAUUAGAUUAGAUCGUUUACAUCUGUCGCAAAAAGACUUUCCAGAUUUUAAAAAUGCGUCUAUACCGCUUGCUAAAUUUAAUCUUGAUUUUGUAAAACUCCACAAUGAACAGCUCUCUAAGAUCGUUACAAUGGGCUCAAUACGGUAACCAUAAAUAGAGAAACUAUAUUUCCAUAAACCUGCGUUACAGCUAAGUAAUAUUCCCAUUUUUGGAUCUGGAGAGAUUUGCACGUAACAUGGGUAUUAUUCUUCAAGCCUCCUGUAUCUAUAUUUUUCUGCCUGACAGAAUGCAGUCAACUGUAGAUUGCCCGACUCUUCCAAUCAAAGAAAUGACCAUUAGUAACAUAAGGAUCGUAGAUAAGAAAUGACCUCAAGAAUUUCGCGGAAGGUGAAAGAAUGACCCCUACGUCCAUCAUCAUUGAAGAGGUGGUAUAAAAAAAUCUUUUUUCCGUGUUACAUUAGACCAGGAGAUACGCGAAGUAAGUAACCUACUAAUUCAAGAGGCAUUACUGAGGUUUUUUUUAAGUUGACUAUCAUAACAGAAGUUCCAGAUGUUUAUGUCUCGGUAAGAGUUGAACCUGAUCAGUUCUAUCAGCUUUAUUUAAUAACUCUUUCUUCGUCUCUUUCUUCUUCGUCGUCCUUCAAACACGUGGUGCAUGAUUUGUUGCAGCUUCAGAUGUGCGUCUGAUGUACCCAUCUUAUAUUUGGUUUGAUAACAUUUCGUCGUCUUCCUGUGUAUUAAAUUAAUAUUAUUUCAUGUAAUCCUUCAUUCAGUCACGCGAUUCCACCAUUUUUUUCGGUAAGCUAAAAUACUUCUCAGCUCCAGAUAUCUAGCUGAUGCCGCUGAAUCAAUCUCUUCGUGUAAAAUAUGUAAAUAACCCCAGAAAACUCAUAUCUGCGGCCUUUAUAUUUUCACUUUCUAUUUGAAUAUCCAUUGCUCGUUGCCUUUUGAGUAGUUCGUAACAGUCUGUUUUGCAAAAAAACAUUACUGUCUCUCCCUAGCCGUACCGAUAACCCUUGACUGCCAAACAAAACAGCACUUUUAUAAUGUUUUUGUGACUUAACUCAGUUUCCUCUGAGCUCAUUUAAAUGUUGCCCCGACUGCAGCACACCAUUUUUGAGGAGAUACGAAGUUAUUAUAAGUAGGUAUCCGCGACUGCCUCAAAAUCGUUCAGGGUGUACUGCAGCGUCAUCUUACGAAAUACUUCAAAUGAUAAAAGACUGAAACAGCCAACGUUUCGGCCGUGUUGCAGCGGCAUUCCUCAGAUAUGGACUGAAAUUAUGCACACUGAGGAAGGACGCUACAACACGGCCGAAAAGUAUUUCAGCAUUUUAUAAGAUGAUACAGCAGUACACCCGGAACGAGUUUAAUUAGUUGAAGCGCUGACCAAGUGAAAUGGUAGGCGUCGUUCCUCUAACGUGAUAAGCGAAAUAAUUUGACUAGUCGUGUCGUCCACUCAGUCGCUGUUACUCCAGUGACGGAAUCGGGGGGACAGUUGGCACAGGUGUUGGAAAGCGGGCGGCAUUCGGCGAGCCAGAGGAUUCCCGCCGGCGCGGUGACGCCCAGUCGCGAAAACGGCCAGCAGAGGCGCACGCAUUAUGAAACGUCCAUGCGCAAUCGGUUAUCGGCGAUCGCGGAGUCGGACCGGUGCACUUUCCGCUCCAGUAAGCAACGUGGGCGCCCGGCCGGCGGCUCCGGAGAGCGGCGCGGCGCGGCGCGGCCGACUUACGACGUCGCGUCGGCGGCGCAACGCGACUCCGGGCUGCGGCCGCGUUCAUUAGGCGUGCCUGUUUUGCACAUAUAUCCUCGCGUGCGUGUGUGCGCACGUGUGUAGCGCUGCGGGCUGAUUUGUCUCCCCAUUAGCUGCUCGGUCUCGAUUUCAGAUCUCGUGCAGUGCAGCCGCGGGGGGAACAGGAAAUGAAAGUAAAUUUAAAAAAAAACUACCAGUAAGCGCAUAAUUCAGUGGCAGCUAGCGGCGGCGGGUGGCGCUCCCUAUAUGGAGCGUGACAUUUGCUCUCCCCCGUGCUACCAAGUUGUGCGGCUAGCGGCCAGUCGGAGCGUACCGCGACGUUACCGUUUGAAAUAUGCGGGGAGAGAAAGACGACGAACAAAAGGAAGUAUGAAAAAUGGAGGAGGCGGCGAAAAUCCUUGUCUGUUAACAAAAGAGUGUGCUGAUCUCGCGUUGGGACGACGUAGCGGGCGAAUGCGAGGCACCAGGUGGGGCUACACAAGUGCAUGUGGGCGGCCUGGCUUUGCACCGGAUAGUCUACUGCGCACAGUGUAAUUGCGACAACUUUCCUCUUAUAUCUAAGGCAAACUAGAAAGCUAAUAAACCUUCCCUCACUCCACACGCAACAGCCCACAACAUCUGCCCCUACGUGCAGUAUCUUAUAUGACCUCUAGUAUUAAAACGGACACGUGUGAGAGAGUUUUCAAAUUUCUUGACAUUCAGUCGUAAAAUUGGGCGAAUUCGUGCUGUACGUGAGUACAGUGACCAUAGACCUCUGGCUUUUGAACUUCAGCACUGCACAGCUUCAAACACCCACUCUUGACCACUUUGCUGCGGAAACAAACCUACCUGUCUCGUAGAAGUUCGCGUUGUUAUUACGAAAUAUGGAUUACACAUCACUUUCUGUGUGGCAGAACCAUACAGCAGCGGUUCUGUAACAUUACGUGACUCCAUAUUAUAGAAUUCUUCUGGCACUCAGAUUUCUGAAAAUUCCUGUAUCGCUGUCUGACGCUACCGCCUUUAUUCUACCUUUUUCUGAACCUUUCACCAUUUUUCUACACGGUUCUUGGACUACAUGCUUACUCGCUCUCGCAACUCCACAACAGUCGCUGAUGUUAGGCAUCAUAGUCGGUAUGCACUACCACUGUCGCUUCCGUUUGAGGCAGGAGUUCCUUGGUCCUGUGCUUGUGAGGUGUCAGCGCUGUGCACUUUGCUUUCUGGAACGAUGUUGUGAUGUGCGUUUCUUCGUGACUCUUUUUAGCUGGGGUUGUUUUUCUUCUUCGUUCCCCAUUCGACUGGAGUACCCUCAAUGCGUUCUUGUGAACUGUAGCCUUCUUCUCUACAGCACUCCGUCUUCAUGCCACAAGUGGCCCAUCGGGACCAUCCGACCGCCGUGUCAUCCUCAGCUGAGGAUGCGGAUAGGAGGGGUGCGUGGUCAGCACGCCGCUCUCCCGGUCCUUAUAAUGGUUUUUUUUUGACCGGUUUUUCUCUAUAACGUCAUUUCUAAUCCGUUCUUCAAGUUCUGCUCCAUUUAUUCAAAUGGGGGUUUUGCUGUCUAGUUAUAACGCUUGACUGAUAUGCUUUACUUCCAUCCAAGAACCUCUCAGAAACAUGCUCAAGUAAUCAGUGCUCACUCUGGAUCAUCAACUUUUUCCGACGACUGAUGUAUCUUUGUCUCGAAUUGCGGAAUUUUGUGGUAGAAGUCUUAUUUAUUUGUUGUGGCCUGUUCCUCGUUAGUGAAGAGAAGCGGACAAUUUGGUUGCCUUGUUUCUUCGUUAUCUACCUUUUGUUUCCGUAUUCGGCUGUCCGAUUUCGACGAAGCAGCUCAGUUCCUCACGAUCAACUAAUAAAAUGCAGUUCUCUGCUAAAACCCUUCCGAGAAGAGGCUGGAAACACUAUAACCGCACAGACUAAAGUGUUUUUUUCGUUAUCUAUGCAACGCACAAGAGAGGUCUUAGGUAGUUUUUUUGCCUUUUCGUUUUCCUUUUUAGUUUCAUUCCGUCUCGCUGUAGACGAAACCAGAACAGCCGAGAGACGCGUACCGAAGAUUAGUAUUGUAGUCGUGACAGAGUAGUGUAGGGUGGUUUCGUCGGCAGGCGGGCGGGCGUUGCGCAAGUGAGGCGGUGGCGGGCGGACGAUGCGGCAGAUGUGGGGCAGCCACAGCCGGCGCCGCCACACCCACUGGCCGCGCCCAGCCCGCGGGGGAUCCCCGCCAGACCACGGUCGCGCUUGCGCAGAUCCGCGAGCAGCACCGGCAGCGCUCGGUUAACUAUAUCGUUGCCGUCGGGGUGUCAUUCCAAUCUUUCCUCAUAUGUAAAAACACAACGAGGGCAAUCAGAUGCGUAAAGCAGUGUGAGUAGCCGUAUAUUUCAAGGGUUGUACCGUAAUCAGUAGUUUCACUUGCUAGAGUGGAUGAUAGUGUCCUUAAAAAUUAUCUAGUAGAGUGGCUCGACAUGGAGAUGAGCAGCAGUCAGCAUUGUAAGAAAAGGCAGGAAGAUAAACAAUGCUCACAUAUGUAACUCUUCAGGCUUUCCCGGCAACAUCUUGACAUGUGGAAUAAUCGGGUCUACUGCCGGCAGAGACUCAGGUAGCACCUGAAGAAGGCAAGUGUUACGUGGCCGAAAUAUUGUGCCAGAGCGACACAAACAUCCGACAGUAGACACGACUAUUCCACAUGUCAACGCUCACAUAUAUUCUUAACUGCAAAUACGCGGUUGUUGUUGGUUUGGUCUAGUAACAACGGGAUCCUCAGUAAAGGCAGCAAAUAUUUGUAACGGGAUUUUGAUGUGUAGCAGCCUACUUGCGCUUCAGAGAUCUCUUUCACUCUCUAGGUUACCAUGUGUCCACUACGGCCGCCUCCGUUCCGUGGCAUCCACCUAAAGAAACAGUUACAACAUUAUUUAAUAACAAACCUACGAAAGGGCACGGCCAAUAGCAAACUUACAGAUAGAAGUGUUAGGUACUGCUGAAUACUUCGGAACAAUAGAACACUUACGAUAGUAAAACUAAAUUUCGCAUAUACAUCGCUUUAACCUUUUUGCUGGUUCCAGAGUUCUAUAUUCAAAACGAGAUAGGGAUUUCCCCCAUAAGGUCAUACAGUUAAUUUUACGUAUUCUUAUACGUCCCAAGUAGGAAUCAGCUACUGAAGUUGUGGCAGAAAGAAAAGCUUUAGUAAAAUGGAGCUCGGCAAGGGAAGAAGAUACUAACUUAUUGUUCAGGUAGAACAGUCACAUGUAGGGUAUAAUUUGUUUUAUCAUCGCCGCUUUCGUCUGUCAGAGACGAGCAUCUUCGGUGGCAACACGUUAGGGGUGUCUGAUUCUGUCACCAAGCGGCGGUUUUACGUGAGCACUAAUUACAACGGACAUUGUGCAUCGGCUGUCGAUGCUUGCGUUUACUAACACAUGAAAUGCAUUUUACUCUGAAGAAAAGAAGUCGUUCCUGAGGCAAUGUGCUGCCAGAGCGACAGACAGCUGUAGUUUGAGGAAGACAGCGGAACUAAACCCGGAGGAAUAGAAUUUCUAUGGCCAUUUUCCUGUCACAGCAUUCAUAGUGGUAUGGGGAGUGAAAAUUACCUUCAGUAAUUCUGAAGGACGCUACCGACCGUUUCACCCGUGCCAGCUCUGCGGUCGGAAAAACAACCACUUUCAUUCAUAAUCUGAAAUAGGCCGUUACCUAAUCUAGGUGCUCGCAAAUCGAUUCGGCGCGCCACGCGCAGAGGCGCUAGACCGUAACCGAUUAUAUGACGUAAGAGAUAAUCACAACACCUGCCCGUGGUGCCUCUUCUGCCUACUCGCCAACGUCAGCUGUCCGUGGCAGGUACGCCCCUAUUUACAAUCAUGAAGCAGAGGCGAGUCCGAGACCUUUACGUUUGUCGGAUUUCGAGCUGCUGCUGCACCCAUAAUUUUGUAACGCGGGCUUACGAGAGUAAAAUAGUUUGCAUAAAAAAUUUUUCCGUACAACAAAUUCACGAAACAGUUGUAAGGCUUUCACUAGCACUCCCACUUAUCGCGAAGAAGUAACCUGUCUCAGCCUGUUUUCAUUUCAUAGAUUCACAGAAGAAAACUGGCACUUAAUUUCACUGAUAUACACUCAUAUCACUGUUAGGAUCUAUGCGGACUUUGAAUAAAGUCGAAAGUACGUGAAUAAUUCUGGAGAGGGAACCACAUGCAGUUUUAACUACGAAUAUGACCCUUCUCUCCGUUAUUAACGUAGGUGAA